AUGUUGCAUCUUGAGGGGAAAGUCGCAGUAGUAACCGGAGCUGGUCGCGGAAUCGGACGAGGCGUCGCCGAAGAGUUGGCCGCAAAUGGAGCGAGCGUGGUCGUCAACGACAUCGGCGCCGAGCUUGAUGGGACCGGUGGUUCAUCUUCGAUCGCGCAGGGAGUUGUGGACGACAUCAUGGCGUCAGGCGGCAACGCGGUGGCGUCAGGCGACUCGGUUACGACUUGGGACGGCGGACAGCGAAUCAUCGAAACGGCCCUCGACUCUUUCGGCCGUAUCGACAUCGUAGUAACGGUUGCGGGCAUCUUACGCGAUCGGAUGCUCUACAACAUGACUGAAGAGGAGUGGGACGACGUAAUUGCCGUGCAUAUGAAGGGCACCUUUACGGUGGUCCGACAUGCCGCGCCGAUAUUCCGGCAGCAACGCGGUGGUCGAAUUAUCACGUUCUCGUCCGGAUCGGGCUUGGUCGGUUCGAUCGGACAGUCCAACUACGGCGCGGCGAAGAGCGGCAUCGCUGGUUUCACCAAAGUGCUGGCUAAAGAUUUGGGCAAGUACGGCGUCACCGCAAACAGCAUCGCGCCGCGAGCCGAGACGCGGAUGAUUGCAUCGAUACCCGGAAACAUCCAAGAGAUGAUGGUCGAACGCGGAGCAUUGCCGCAAUCCGACGAAUUGCCGUGGGAGCCCCGCGAUGUCGCACCUUUCGUUGCCUACCUCGCAACCGAUGGCGCAGCGCAGAUCAACGGUCAGGUGUUUCUCGUCUACGGCGGCAACGUCUCGCAUCUGUCCCUGCCGCGUCGGGUUAACACCAUCUACGCCCCCAAUCCGCCCGGUUAUUGGGAGCUUGAUGAACUUGACCGAUUGGCACCCAAGGUAUUGCUGCAAGGAUCUCAAAGCAUCACGGGCGGCAGCGCUUUCGCCGAAAUCAACCCGGGAUCGAAGGCACCGGCACCGGCGGUAACUAAGGCGAUCAACGGCAAACGGCUUGAGGGUAGGGUUGCCGUUGUGACUGGUUCUGGUCGAGGUAUCGGACGCGGCGUGGCAAAGCUAUUGGCAAGCGAAGGCGCAUCGAUCGUUGUCAACGACGUCGGCGCGGCGCUCGACGGCCAAGGCGAAGAUUCAACUCCGGCAGCGCAGGUUGUAGAGGAGAUCAGUGAGCUGGGCGGACGUGCGGUCGCCUCAUAUCACUCGGUCGCAACAGCAGAAGGCGGCGCCAACAUCGUGCAGCAGGCCCUAGAUGAGUUUGGUCGACUAGACAUUGUGGUGACGCCUGCGGGCAUACUCCGUGACCGCAUGAUUUUCAACAUGGCCGAGGAAGAAUGGGACGAUGGCGGCCAGUCGAACUACGGUGCGGCGAAAGAUGCCAUCGCCGGCUUUACGCGGGUAGUGGCCAAAGAACUUGCGCGCUACAACGCAACGGCUAACAUCAUCUCGCCGGGUGCGAGUACCCGUAUGACGGAUAGCGUUCCCGACAGCACACGAGCAAUGCGCGCUGGCGAGUUCCCGCCACCGAUGGAGGGGAUGCUAACCUCCGAACCCGACCAAGUUGCGCCGAUGGUGGUGUGGCUAUGCACCGAUGCUGCAGAAGGCGUUUCUGGCAACAUCUUCCACUGCAGUGGAAAUCGUGUCAGCCUGAUGAACCACCCGGUUCCACACCGGUCGAUCUACAAGGACGGGCGUUGGACGGUCGAUGAAUUGUCAGCAGUUGUGCCGGAAACGAUUGGAAUGGAUCUGAUCAACCCCGCGCCGAAACAGGAUUGA